AUGCCUCUACCUGUAAAACAAGAAUUGCUUGAUUUUGUAAUGUGCCAGUUUGAUCGUGAAGAGUCAGAACGUGCAAGAAGAUUAAAUCAAGAGUUGAUUGAAGGCAGGAAAGAAGCCGAUCGAGAACUAGAAAAAACAAUGUUAAAGUGUAAAGAAAAGGCACAAAGAAAAUGGGAAGUGUAUCAACGUGAAUGUUUGGUAAAAGAGCAAGAGUUUUAUAAAAAAAUGAGGGAGUUGAUACGAGAAGGAGAAGAAAAGGCAGCUGAAGAAGAGAGGACUUUAUUAGGAAGGGUGGAAUUAAUUAAGAAGCAUAUACGAACUUUGGAGAUAGAAAGGGAACAAGAAGAACAUGAAGCUGAAAGAAUAAGAAAAAAGAGCGAAGAAGAUCGUAAAAAUGCAGAGUUAGCAGAACUUGCUAGAAUAGAACAACAGCGCAGACAAUUAGAAAUGAAACAAAAAGAAGAGCAAGAAAAAAUAAAAAAAGAGAAAGAAAGACUUGCAGAGGAAAAAAAAAAAAAAGAUAAUAUAAAAAGCCUAGAGGAUCAAUUAAAAAAACAGCAAGCUAUUCAGCAGCAAGCAACCUCAUCAAAACUAGUUGGUGACUUUAAUCGUGUCGCAAGUGAAAGUGCUUUAAAAGAAGCAGCAAAAUAUGAAGAACAUAUAACUCGAAUAAAAACUCAUCUUUCAAAGAAAGGCACUAAUAUUAGUAAAGAUCACUCAUAUCAAGUUAGAAAAAAUGUUAUUGCAAGCUUCAACACCAUAACUGAUCAUAAAAAUGAUGUUAUUAGAUCUGCAACUGAAUUAUGCAAAAUAUUAUCAGAUUCCAAAAUUAACCAAUAUUUAUAUCAUUAUGCAUUAAAAGUGAUAUCAAAAAAAUUUAUUAAAUAUGCAGAAAUUGACUCAAAAAUGAUAUUUAACUUAGCUCAUGUUGCUGUUUUAGUUUCUUCACAAGCACCAGAACUUGUUGAGCAAUACCUCAUGCCUAUAAUGUAUAAAAAUUGUUGUUAUAUACUUCCAAGAUAUUAUAACAGGCAAAAUGUAAGUGAAGCUUACAAAAAACAAAUUGGAUAUAAAAUCAGUAAAGAUGCUGAUGAUCAAUAUGUAGAAUCUGAUGAGUCUUACAUAACAAGAAUGUGUAAUAUAGCUGGCUUAUAUUUUGCAAUAAUGCAAACUGAUCCUUUAUUUCCAAAUAUAGAAAAACCUAUACCAAUAACCGAUGGAUUUAAAUGGAUUUCUAGAAUAAUGAACUUAGUACCACGUCCAAUUACCCCAUCUCUAGUUUAUACAUGUUUGACUAUUAUUCCUGUUGAAGUGCAUAAGCAUUUUAAACAUGAUGCAUAUACAUUAUUCAGUUCAAUAUACCGACAUUAUUUCUUAAACCCAGUACAAGAAUUUAUUGAUCUUAAAAAUACUGCGCCAGCUGCUUUAUCAAGAUUAAAUACUUUAAUGGAUGAAGCAGCUAAAAACAAAUUUAUGUUUCCAGAACACAAAUUAAAAUAUCUAAAAGAUUAA